AUGUCUACCGUUCUUCAAUCAGCUUCAUCUGCAAUAACACCUUUUUUUACUUCUUUGGCAUCCGGAGAUGAAUCUUCGAACUCGGCCUCUUUAACAGCGGGAAAUACUAUUAAACCUGUAUUUGUAAAUGAAUCUUGUUUGGAAUUUCUUCUUAUGGAAAUGGUAGAUCUUAUGUUUCGCUCCACAGCAGAUUCAGAAAAUGAUAAAGAAGCUGUAUUUUAUAAAUUGGAAAUGUUGGGUUAUCAAGUUGGUCAAAGUUUAGUUGAAAGAUUUACAAGAGAACGGCCACGUUUUGUUGAUACAUUGGAUGUGGGUGUAUAUGUAUUACAAGACAAUAAUUUUAGAUGGUUUGUAAGAAUGUCAACUGAAGCUGGUGGUGCUGAUGCUGCAAAGAGAGCUGUUCCUUAUCUUUGGUUUCCGUGUGGAUUAAUUAGAGGAGCAUUGGCUAAUUUGGGAGUUAUUAGUGUAGUGGUUGCUGAAACCAAUAGUUUACCACAAUGCGAGUGUACAUUCCAAAUCAAGAUUGCGAAAUCAUAG